AUGUGGCUAUCUAACCGAUUAGUAACGUAUGGAGCACCCACUAGUUUCUACUAUGAUGAGUGGGAAAAACGAUGGAUACAGUCGAAACACAAAGAUGAUUAUGGCAAAUUUGUUUUGUCAGCUGGAAAAUUUUAUGAUGAUCUUGAAAAAGACAAAGGAUUAAAAACGAGCCAAGAUGCGAAAUUUUAUGCACAUUCAGCGAAAUUCACUAGUUUCACAAAUAAGGGAAAGAAACUAAUUUUGCAAUAUAGCGUGAAGCAUGAACAAGGAAUCGAUUGCGGUGGUGGUUAUAUCAAGGUUAUGGGUGAUGAUAUAAAUCAGCAAGAUUUCCAUGGCGAAACUCCUUAUUUUAUCAUGUUCGGUCCGGAUAUUUGUGGGUCGAGUACUAAGAAGGUUCACGUUAUUUUGAAUUACAAAGACAAAAAUCACCAGAUCAAGAAAGAUAUCACAUGCAAGGACGAUGAGCUAACUCAUUUGUAUAGAUUGAUUCUGGGCGCUGAUAACACAUAUGAAGUAUACAUUGAUGGUGAGAAAGUUGAAAGCGGUGAAUUAGAAAGCGAUUUUGAUUUCCUGCCACCAAAAAAAAUUAAAGAUCCUGAUGCCAAGAAACCAGAAGAUUGGGAUGAACGCGAAAAUAUUCCGGAUCCAGAUGACAAAAAACCGGAUGAUUGGGAUAAGCCAGAGCAUAUCCCUGAUCCUGAUGCGAAAAAACCAGAAGAUUGGGAUGAUGAAAUGGAUGGUGAAUGGGAGCCCCCAAUGAUUGAUAAUCCUGAAUUUAAAGGCGAAUGGAAACCAAAAGAUAUUCCAAAUCCGGCUUAUAAAGGGAAAUGGAUCCAUCCCGAAAUCGAUAAUCCUGAAUAUAAGCAUGAUGACAAACUAUAUUUGUAUGAAAAUAUUGGAGCUGUAGGAUUUGAUUUGUGGCAAGUUAAAUCUGGUACUAUAUUCGAUAAUAUAAUUAUCACCGAUUCUGCUGCAGAAGCAGAUGCAUUGGCCGAAGAAACUCUGAAAAAAACGAUGGUGACAGAAAAAAAAUUGAAAGAAAAGGAAGAUGAAGAAGCAAGGAAGAAAGCAGAAGAAGAGGCAAAAAAGUUAGAGGAAAAGAAAGAUGAAGAAGAUGAGGAAGACGAAGAUGAGGGAGAGGAAGAUGAAAAGAAAGAAGAAAAGGAAAAGAAGGUAAGGGAAGAACAUGAAGAAUUAUAA